UAGUUUUUACAUUUUGCAUUAUAUUUAGUUGUGUUGAUACAAAUGGCAAUUCCUUUGGGCUUUGAGGAAUUUUCUCUGGAAGAAAUUAAUGAAAAUUUUUGUUUGGAGACAUUUCAUUCGAAUCGUAAAGAACUGGUUUUAAUUGCCGCUCCAGCCGAUUUUGAUGUAGCACAGUUAAAAGGAGAAACUGUCAUUUUGAAUGGUUCCACACCUUUAACCAAGUUAAAUGAUCAGGAAGAGGAAACAAUGCAAUGGGAACUCCAUUCCACAAGGACGACUAAUCAACAACAUUCAAACUUGCUUCUUCCAUCAAAGAUUGAGUGUAAACACAGUAUACAAGGACCUGGACUUGGUGUAAGUGUCAACGUCGUUCGCUCUAUGAAAAUCCCACACAUCAAAUAUCCGAAGAAACAAAAAGAGAUCACACGUUUACCGAAACCUGAUUAUCUGAGGAUUCGAUGGAAACCGUUUGGUUCGGGCAAACCAAUGAAAAGCAAGAAAUUCGAAUCUGAAGGAUUUAUAAAUUCUUCAAUCAGCAAGAAGUUGAGUUUGUUCAGGCCCGAUAAAAUUAAAUACUUUUCUCAAAGCGAUGGGAGUGAAGAGAAAAAGAAGAAGAAGAAGAAAAAGAAAAAACACAGUGAAGAGCAAAGCUCUGGUACUCAUCACGAAGUUAUGACAAAUGAGAAAACAAAAAUGAACUUAAGUCAGCGAGAUAAACACGUAAGUCCUAACAAGAAAUCAAAAGAGGGUCGAAAAGUGCCGAAUAUGAUUUCCAACAAGAAUGAGAAACUCGAUAAGUCGCCACACAAAAAGAAAAAGAAAAAAUCAAGAAAACACAGUGAUUCGGAUUUAAAUAGCGAGGAUGAGAAUAGAUUAUUUGGUGUCUCUGGUAACACGAAAAAACAGCAAGAAUCAAGAGAAGAACAAUCCAAUAAUGGCAGCCUAAGUUCUGACAGGAAAAAGAGGAAAAGAAAACAUUCUAUGGAGACAAACAAUUUUGACGAUGUCUUAAAAAAUGAGGAACACCUUCAAGGUGAAAAUGUACAAAAGAAAAAGAAGAAGAAAAAGAAAUAAAUCGUUCA